AUGGGCAACUUUCUUAGUCAGCUACAGAAUCUCUUCUCUUGGUUGUCUCAGGAUCAGCAUAUACGCAUCGUCCUGUUGGGCCUCGAUGCCGCAGGGAAGACGACUGCCCUCUACCGGUUGAAAUUGGCCGAGACUGUCGUCACAAUCCCUACAAUCGGUUUCAACGUCGAAGAGGUUCAAGUGCCAAGGACUGGGAUAACCUUUACCGUCUGGGACAUCGGAGGUCAGGCCAAGUUGCGCCGACUCUGGCGGCACUACUUCCGCGAUACAAGGGGCCUUAUUUAUGUUGUCGACUCCGCCGACAGACAGAGAAUGGAAGAGGCAAGUGAGGAGUUGUGGGCCGUUUUGAACGAGCCCGAAAUGGCAGGAGUGCCAUUCGUUGUGAUGGCCAAUAAACAGGACCAACCGAUGGCUCUGAAUGUGGCAGAUGUUAUGACCAGAUUGCGGCUACCUGAGCUGGGCAAGAAAGGACAUGCAUGGGAGAUCCGGGGUACCUGCGCGGUCACUGGUAGUGGACUUUUUGAGGCAAUCGAGGCAAUGGCAAAGCUAAGCAAACAGUUUGUGAAAAAGGAAGGUGUGUAUAUCAACUAA